ACGGAGGGGGAAUAUGAAUGACAUAGACGCCCGCGUGGAAAAGAUGAAUGGCUGAGCGCCAUGAAUGAAGGCUGUAGUUCCUCCAGUCGGUCUCCGGGUGGAAGUGUUUGCCCCUCCGCCAAACAAAACCUCAACGUGCGUUAGCGGCGAAGUUGUCACACACAACACGCGUGGACUCGGGAGAAAAGGGAGACACGCCGCGUGGGGUGAGGGAUAAAAAGGAACAAGAAGGGGAUGGUGGAGGGAACACAAACCCACUCACAGUCACUCAAGCUGGGGAAGGGCGAGGAAGGAGGCCGUGGAGGAUGAGCAGCGGAGCCGCGCCAGGCUCCCGAGUCCCGGCGUUGGCAGCGCUAUCCCGGCGAUAGCGUGCCGAGAACCCCCGCCGACCCUCGGCGGCUCCGCUCACUUUCGAGACAAAAACAAACAAACAAACAAACAAACAAGCACAAAAAAAGUUCGUCCUCCCUGUACAAUGGUCACAAAUGGGUCAGAGCUGAACAGCACCGCGCCGGACCCCGACGACGACACCGCCGCCGCCGUUCUCAGCCGCCCGCCGUGGGUCACCACAACUUUGGGCUGCUUCCUCAUCUUCACCAUCGUGGUGGACAUCCUGGGCAACCUGCUGGUUAUCUUCUCCGUGUACCGCAACAAGAAGCUCCGGAACGCAGGCAACAUCUUUGUGGUGAGCCUGGCUGUGGCCGACCUGGUGGUAGCCAUCUACCCGUACCCGCUGGUGCUGGCCUCCAUCUUCCACAAUGGCUGGAACCUGGGCUACGCACAUUGCCAGAUCAGCGGCUUCCUGACGGGCGUCAGCGUCAUCGGCUCUAUCUUCAACAUCACCGGCAUCGCCCUCAACCGCUACUGCUACAUCUGCCACAGCCUCAAGUACGACAAGCUGUACAGCGACAAGAACUCGCUGUGCUACGUGGUUCUUAUCUGGGCUCUCACAGUGGUGGCUAUCGUGCCCAACUUGUUCGUGGGCUCACUGCGCUAUGACCCCCGCGUCUACUCAUGCACCUUUGAGCAGUCGGUCAGCUCGGCGUACACUAUCGCCGUGGUCUUCUUCCACUUCAUCCUGCCCAUCAUGAUUGUCACCUAUUGCUACCUACGUAUUUGGAUCCUAGUGAUCCAGGUGCGGCGGCGAGUCAAACCCGACAACCGGCCAAAGCUGACGCCUCACGACGUACGCAACUUCGUCACUAUGUUUGUUGUCUUCGUGCUCUUUGCUGUGUGCUGGGCGCCCCUCAACCUCAUCGGCUUGGCGGUGGCCAUCCGGCCCGAGGUGGCGUUGCCCCUGGUGCCCGAGUGGCUGUUUGUGGCCAGCUACUUCAUGGCCUACUUCAACAGCUGCCUUAACGCCAUUGUGUACGGCGUGCUCAACCAGAACUUCCGCCGCGAGUACAAGCGCAUCGUAGUGUCACUGUGCACCGCCAGACUCUUCUUCCAGGACAGCUCCAACGACCAGCCCGGCGGUGGCGGCGACAGGCUCAAGAGCAAGCCCUCGCCGCUGAUGACGAACAAUAACCGCGUCAAGGUGGACUCGGUCUGAAAAAAACAAAUAUGAAAUCAUGGAAAAGCCUCAAGUCACUGUGACAUGGUGCUAAUUUGACCUCCACAAUCAGUACAAAAGGGGUGCAUAUUAUUAUUAGGAGACACUUUGCUUUGGAGCUGGAUGACUACUGGACCCAAACCUCUGGUGGUCCUCUAGAAACUCAGAGUGAUCAGCUAGUAGUCUGCUAACAACUCCUGGUGUUGUAGCAACUCCUGGUGGUCUGCUAGCAACUCCUGGGGAUCUGGGGGAAACUCCUAGAAGUCAGUUAGUAACAUCUGUUGGUCGACUUUGGAGCUGGGUGAUGGUUGAAAGUCCACUAGAAGCACCUAAUGGUCCACUAGCUGCUCCUGGUAUUGUAGAAGCUCCUGGUGGCCUGCUAGCAACUUCUAGUAGUUCACUAGAGACCGUUGGUGUUGUAGCAGCUCAUGGUGUUCUGCUAGCCACUCCUGGUGGCCUGGGAACAAGUCCUAGAAGUCAGCUAGUAACUCCUUGUAUUCUGCUGGCAGCUCCAGGGUAGUCCGCUAGCAGCUCCUAUUGGUCUGCUAUCAACUCCUGCUGGUCUACAAGUAACUUCUAGACAGUUAGUAACUUCUGGUGGUUCGCUAACAACUCCUGGUGGUCCGCUAACACCUCCUAGUAGUCUGCUAAGAACUCCUGGUGUAGCAGCUGCUGGAGGUCUAGGAGCAACACCUGGUGCCCUGAGAGGAACUCCUAGAAGUCAUCUAGUAACUUCUAGUGGUCCACAAGCAACUCCUGAUGGUCCUCUAUCAACUUCUGGCGAUCACUUGCAACUCUCCGUGGUUUGAAAGCAACUACUAGUGGUCCUUUAGAAACUCCUGGUGGUCCCUAACCUUUUUUUUCCUCCACAGAACAGUUCAUGAUGGUACAAAUGUUUCGCGGACUGGCAGCCGUUCGUUGAUUGGGGCCGAGGGGCGAACGGAUUUAUCUCGUUCGGAUGCUAAUCGCCCCCUGGCCAGAGUCGGGGCUGUGGCGACCGAGGCCUUUACCAAAAGGACCUGAUGGUUGGGAAUUACUGCUCUAGAAACUCCCAGUAGCCUCCAAGCAACUACUAAUGGUCCGCUAGUAGUGUGCAUGAAUGGUGGUGUAGCAACUCCAGGUGGUCCACUAGCAGGUUCUAGUUGUCCACUAACAACAAGCAACUUCUGAAGGUUUGCUAUCAACGUCUGGUGGUAUAACAGGGGUCACAUCUUGUGAUCUUCUUAUCUGGCACUUUUUGCUUUGUAGCUGUAGUCCGUUUUGUUUACACCGAUGAUAUCAUCAUAUUUAUUUUCUAUGUAGAUAUAUUAGUAAUACAGACAGUAUAUAUCAGGUUGCAGCCAAGCCAGGCUGAGACAAAACAUUGAAUAAUAACCUCAUUUGUGACAGUGUAACACUUAAUGAAGUGCUGUCUUAUUCUUAUUAUACCCUGCAAUACUAUGCCCCUACAUGAUGUGGACUAUAUAUUUUAGUAACCAGGCCAUCCUGUGAUCUCAGUGUACUGUAUGCAUGGAUUUCAGGAAUUGUUCAUAAUAUGCAUAAUAAAACAAGGUACAUUUCAUGUUGCUCUGUCACUAUUUGUG